AUGCAGCAAGACUACGUUCUCAUCGGAGUUCCACUUCUUCCUCAAUCCACUCUAAGAAAAAGGCAAGUACAGCUACUCUACUUUAGAGUCGAUCCAGCUUUCGCUUCCUUACUUCCCUCGUCCAGUAAGAGCAAUUGCUUUAUCGCAUUUUUCUACUAUGCCUUGAGCCUGAAACUCUUCCUUCUAGUCUACCUACGUCAUUCUUUUGAAGUGAAGCAGAAAGCAGAUGUUCACAAGUUCACUAAAACAGCAGUUAGGCCCUUUCCAUAUGUCCCUACUAAAGCACUCGAGGAAGAAGAAGCAGACGAGUACGGUUCAGGAGGUUAUGCCGCAUCUCCAUCUCUAGGAGAAGCAGCUAGAUCGAUUCCUAAACCGCUAAUGCCCCCUCUUCCAACUGAAACUCAUUCAACAGGAGAAAUUGCAGCUUCUUCUAUUCCCUUCCUACCCGGUAUGAGCUCCUAA